AAAUGCCUCGUGAGCAUGAAAACGUGAGGACAAAAAAAGAAUCCAUCGGGGCCAACCUGCUGCGUCGCUUGGAAGCGGAGGGAACAUUUCCCAGCAGCCACUUCACACAUGACAACAACACACACACACACACACACACAUCUUGCAUGCCCAUCCCCAAGAAGACCCCUCCGAGCACACACACGUACUCCCAUACGAGAGCUUUUUGCAUAGAGCUUGCCCACAGUUGAAUACAUUCUAGGACAGAGGCCUCGUUUCCUUUGGGGAAAGACAAAUGGCCAACUCGGGGAUUCAACUUUUGGGGUUCUUCAUGUCGCUGACCGGCAUCGUGGCCCUGAUCAUCGGCACCGUUCUGCCCCAGUGGAAGAUGUCGGCCUAUAUCGGGAACAACAUCAUCACGGCGGUGGCCAUGUACCAGGGAUUGUGGAUGUCUUGCGCCUUCCAGAGUACGGGACAGCUCCAGUGCAAGAUCUACGAUUCCAUCCUGCAGCUUGACAGUUCUCUUCAGGCCACCCGAGCGCUGAUGAUCGUGGGCAUUAUUGUGUCCGUGGCGGGCCUGGGCGUGGCCUGCACAGGCAUGAAGUGCACAACAUGCGGAGCGAGCGACAAGCUGCGCAAGGCCCGGACCGCCAUGACGGGAGGGAUCAUACUGUUAGUGGGAGGGCUGUGCGCCAUCGUGGCUUGCUCCUGGUUUGCUCACAACGUAAUCCGGGCGUUCUAUAACCCCUACACUCCUGUCAACACCAAGUUUGAGUUCGGCGCCGCCAUCUUCAUCGCGUGGGGAGGUUCCCUCCUCGACGUCUUGGGCGGCGCCAUGUUGGCUGCUUCUUGUCCAAGAAAAAAACAGGUGUCCAAGUACCCAGCAGCUAAUUCCCGCUCCGAGCCAGCCAGCAGCAAUAAGGAGUAUGUCUGAAUGUCAGAAUUAUACAAAGAUAUCCAAGUGAAAAUGUGUGUGGGCCGUCACGGUAGCGCAAACGUGAGACUUUAUGCAAAAUUGCUUGUUUAUGACGCAGCAGUGUCACGCCCCGCCCUCGUGGUCAACAUGUGUUAGCAAAAAUGCUAUACACUAUUACAGGGGUGUCAAACUCUUUAUUUUUAUUUUUUUAUUUUUUUUUUCCGCGGGCCGCGUUGUAGUCAUAGCUUCUUUCGGAGGCCCAUUAUGACUGUCAACCCAAAUAAAUGUAUGAGCACCUCAUAUAUACAGUAAAAGCUACAAAACAAACAACUCUUUUUUUCAAAUCAGACGAGUAAAAACUGGUAGAAUUUUUAUAUUUUUUUUAAAGAUAAUAAAAGUGAAGACAAUUUGCAAUUCUAGCAAUGACACACGAAUUUGAUGUACAAUUUGUCUUCGCGGGCCACCUAAAAUGAUGUGGCGGGCCGUAUCUGGCCCCCGGGCCUUGAGUUUGACACCUGUGCACUAUUCGAUCGUAAAAAAAACGUUGGCGGAUGUGACUGCAGAAUUGUCCACCCUUGCACAUACAUGUUAGACCUAGCAUUUAUUCUAUAGUCACACAUCAGCCAUUAGGUUGGAAGCUAUUUAUUUGGCCAAACGUAGGAUGGAUUUUAGAUUCCAGGUUUCUAGGCUGAUGUUGUGUUUUGUGGAAUUAUUGUUUUUUAUAUAUACAUACAAGACAAACUGAGUUGUAGCUGAUAGUUAUGUAAAAAUAAAAGCAUU